AUGAAACCUGCCUGGCAGCUGCAAGGGGGUCUCGGCCAGCGGCUGCGCGGAAAGCUUGAAUCUGCAGCCGUUGUCGCCCUCACAGUCGCCAGAUCCCCCCAGACCCAUCUUGACCGAGGCUGGACAGCCUGUCGCGCAUAUUUCUUUUCGAUCAUUUUCAUCUCCAUCCUACUCUCCAAAGUCUUCCACAUCUACGUCCAUCUCAAUUCGCUCACGGUUUUAUCCCUUCUCGCAUGGGGCCCCACAUUCUUCUUCCUGGAUAUCCUCCUCGUGCUGGGCGCACGUGGCGUGGCCCGAUCGUACGAAUGGCGAACGUUUCGAGAUAUAGCAGCACUGUGCACUGUGUUAUUCAGUGCAUAUACCUCAUCGAUGAUUUCCGCCAACAUAUCCUAUUACAUCCACAAGGGCAUGGAGAUCCAUUGGCGCCUAUCGAACGACUUCCACAAGGAUAAGCCGUCCGCCAUACUUGUUUUGUCGGCCCUGUUCGUUGCUAUCCUUCUCGAGACGUCGAUUUUGGUUGGUGCAUUCUAUGCCACACCCUAUCUUUCCCGGGUCACCGGGGCUUUCCUGAGGAUCUGGGGUGUAGUGCUGUCCGCAACAUACCGUUACUUCCGUCCGAAUAAGGAAGUUCUGCCACACCCAGAUACCUAUGAACAAAUUGCAAUCGAUGACUUUGACAUCGGUGAUGACAAUAGCGACUCCAUCUCGUUGCUGGAUGUACCUCAAGCCCCGCCUGCGCAGAAGAGCCGGGCAUUGUUGAAGCCCGCUAUCGUCGUAUCGUGCAGCGUAAUUCUACUUUGCCUCCGUUUCAUUCGUCCCAGCGAUGUUGUUUACAGUUUCAUUUCCGGGUCUCUUCCUCUUGCGCCGUUUGGCGGCCUCAAAUUUGGGUCUUCUCAGCGCAGUGUUGCAUCCUUGCCGGGCGAUUUCAACUGGCUAGAAGGCAAAACUGCUUUAGACACCUUCCCGACAUUUGACUGGUUACAUGCGGGCGAUGCGGCAACUGCCUUCCCGGAUUGGUCUCCUUUCCGCAUCAAUCACUUCAACAACACCGAACCCAAGGACUAUUUGUAUGAACACUACAACCCGAUGAAAGAUCCUUUGCACUUUCCCAACCUCCAGAACGACCUCCUAGAGUCCAUCCGCGAUGUGCUCCACAGCGGAGACAUGAAAAUCAAGCACGUUAUGGUCAUCAAAUUGGAGAGCAAUCGGCAGGACGUGUUUCCCUUCCGCUCCGACUCUUACAUUAUGGAGCACAUUAAAAAUUCCUAUAACGGAAAAAUCCCAGAUGAGGUUAUGGGUAGACUCGCCAAUCUCACCCCCACCGCCGAAAGGUUCACCGGAUUUGAGACUGGGUUUAACGAGAACGAGGAUCGUCCAACCCCCUAUGGUAGCCUCAGCGCCAAAAAUGCUUAUACCUCCGGUACAUACACCAUGAAGAGUCUUACAGGUACUAUGUGCGGUGUGAGCCCCAUUGCUAUUCAAAGCAACCUUGAGUACCUGCACGAUAUUUACCAGCCUUGCCUACCGCACAUAUUCGACGCAUUGAACCAACAAUCAAACAUUACCAAUCAGACUGAGGAUUGGACCUCUUGGCCAUGGCAUUCUAUGUGGAUGCAGUCCCACUAUGGCACCUGGGAUCACCAGGAUGGGCUUACUCCUGCCAUGGGAUUCAGAGAUAUCACGACAAAAGAGUCAAUCAAUGAAAACGGUGCUAAAUACAUCCCAGAGGAGCCAGAGGAGGAACAGAAAUAUGGUCAUCCGGAUCACACGCUGAAGAACUAUAUGCGGGAUGCAUUUGCCGAGGCCAAGGAGAACAACACUCGCCUCUUUAUCGCCCAUCUAACUCACAAUACCCAUACUCCUUGGUUCAAGCCUGGUGAUUACCAGGAGUACUUCGGGAAUGGCCAUGGAUGGAACGACCGGUUGAACCGGUACCUAAAUACCCUCAAGUAUCAGGAUGACUGGCUGGCCACCAUCCUUGAGAUUCUCGAAGAGGCUGGAGUCAUUGACGAGACCCUGCUUGUUAUGGCAGGUGACCACGGUCUAUCUCUUCCGAAUGAUGGUGGUGUAACGGCCAACCAUGACCCCCACGUCGGGAGUUUCCACGUCCCCCUACUCGUCGCCCAUCCCAAGCUACCCGCAGUCGAAAUUGGCAGUGCAGUCAUAUCGACUCAAAUCCUCCCCAGUAUCCUCGAUAUCCUGAUCGAAACAUCCUCUAUCAACGAACAGUCAGCACAUAUAUUGAAGGACCUGCUGCCCUUAUACGAGGGCCAGUCGUUACUACGCCCACUUAUCCCCGAGCAAGAUAAGAGGCAAGAAUGGCAUUUCUCCACAAUGAACCCUGGAGGAACGUGGAUCUCUAUGCGAGCAGCCGCGAAACCGUACCGUCUCGUGGUGCCGCUCAUCCCAGAUGCCCCGUGGCGAUUCACCGAUGUCGUCGCUGACCCACUCGAGUUCCAUCCCGAGGAAGACAUGAAUAUCGUGUCCCUAUAUGAUGCUGUGCAGACACGGUACGGGCCCGACGCCGCGAUGUGGGUUAGCGAGGCCGCUCAUAUCUCCCAGUGGUGGAUUGCGGAGAACCACCGACGCUGGAAGUUUAGUCCCGACGAUCCGACGAGCUGA